AUGGCGAAAAACAUUGACCAAGCUCCCUUAGAUGUUGGAUGUCCUUCCAGGAUAUGGAUAUGUACUUUUGCAUUAAGUAUAACAAUUGGUGCGGCUUUACUUCUGCCAAUAUCUAUUAUAACCAAUGAAAUUCUUCUUUAUUAUCCUGGGAAUUAUUAUAUACAGUUUUUGAACUCCUCUUUGAUACAAGGUUUAUGGCGCAUUAUAUUUCUGUUUUCCAACACUGCUCUUUUUAUUUUGUUGCCAUUUGCUCACUUAUUCAUUGAAGCUGAGGGUUUUCCUGGAUCUCCAAGGGGUAUUAUGUCCAGAGUUUAUGAAGUUGUUCUUGUUCUUGCAUUGUUGGGUAUUACCAUUAUGGGAAUUAUCAGUAUUUCAGUUGCUGUAUAUCAUAGGCGUGGGAGCUUUUCCUUAAUAUUGAAUAUGUCAAGCUUUUACCUCCCAUUUUUGUACUCAUGUGUCUCAUUUUUUGGAGUCUUGAUGCUAUUAUCAUGCACUCCUGUUGGUUUUGCACGAUUGUUCUCUGUAAUGACAAAUAUCCUUUUAAAACCAAAGUCACCUCUUUGGAAACCUCCAUCAUUUGCAUACCAAGAAAGAGAUUAUGGUUUGAGUUCAAGUGGAUAUUCUUCAGAAUUUUUCACCUCAAUAUUGCCAAAAGCCUCUGAUUUAAUUCAACGUAAAAGUAAAAAUGAAAGCAUUUCAAGUUUAGAAGAGAAAGGAGACAUAGAAAACUCAAGUGGGGAAUCAGAAAUCUUUGAAGAGUAUCGGUUAUCAAAAAUUGCUAACCUUCUGAGAAAUUGUUGCUAUCCUACUGUGAUGAUAGUGUUGGUCCUUUUGACUAUAAUAGCUGUAUUGAUGGUGCUUCAGAAUACAUUAUUAUUAUGCUUUGGAGUCAAGAGCUUGCCUAUUUCUUCGCAGGAAGCUGAUCUAGGCAUUACUUCUCUGUCAGCAAUGGGUCCUGUUGGAGCAGCAUUAGAAAUUGUCUUGAUUUUAUAUUUAUGGUGUACAUCCGUCGUUGGUCUAUAUUCUUUGCCAUUUUUUUGUCGUUUAAGGCCAAAACUUCAUGAUACAUCUUUGCCCCAGAUUAUUGGGAAUUGUGCUAUUCUUCUUAUUCUGAGUUCAGCUUUACCAGUUCUUGCAAGAAGUUUAGGUAUUACCAACUUUGAUCUACUUGGGGACUUUGGAAGAAUCUAUUGGUUGGGAAACUUUUACAUUGUUUUAUUCUACAAUGUAGUUUUUGUUGUUACAGCAGCUAUAUGCUUAGGAACUAAAAUUACUGCAGCUGUACGUCAAGAGGUAUAUCAACGAUUACGCUCUUUUGCUUGUUUUCGUUUUCCAAGACAUUGA